AAGUUUGGUUCCGAACUCCUUGUGUUUGUCGUCUGGUAUGCAUUUGGAUGCCUUGGACUGGAUGCAAGAGAGUUAUUGAGAGACCUUGUUGGCAUAUGGCAAGUUAACGCUUGGAAUGCACAGCGUGAACCUGAGACUCCAUUGAGAUGAAAGGGACGGGAAGGAAGUCUUUCGCACUAACUGUACCACGCUGGCUUUGUACGAGUGAGCACGAAACAUCGCUCGUCCGCCUUUCCCCCGUACUCGGAAUUCGACAUUGGAGUGAAACCGACAGCUGCUUCACCUUUGGUCCAAUGGCAUUGAGACUUUCUAUCGAUUCGGAACGCAUUUUCCAUUGUGGGCUAGCAGAAUUCUUUUUUUCUCGGUACAUUGCAUUUUCUCGCAUCGGGUCAUGCUUGCCAGGCUCGUCAGUUCAUUUACGGCACUCAUUUUUUCGCGCGACACCGUUACCCAAUGAAAAGAUAAGAAGUUGAUGUGUCAUCGGAUCACGAUUGCGCGGAUACCCCCCAAUUUACUACUCACUUCCAGCCCUGCCCCACUUGAAUUUAUUGUACUCGACUUACACCGUUUUCUUUGAAAUUCUAUUUUCGUGUAGAAACACCAGCUUUGAGAGUAUUGAUAUGAAGUUCGGCAAGAACCUCCGUGAACAAACCCUCAAAGAAUGGCGAUUUUACUCUGUCGAUUACAAAGCUCUGAAGAAGAGUAUCAGAGUCGGAGGAGAUGACUCAACUAUUCCCUUUGGCAAUGAAUUCUUUAGUAUUCUUGAGGAUGAUCAGCGGAAGAUUACCAAGUUUUAUCAAGACAAGGAGAAUUGGGCACUUCAGUACAUGAAGACUCUAGAAGAGCGCGUUGCUGACCUCCGUGAAGCUCAAACUGUUGUUCCUCCCGAGUCGCCCACUGAGCAAUUGUCGGAGUCGGAUAGUUCUCUUUCUUCUUCAGAUGAAGAUAGUGCUUCAUGCGACUCACAGUCAGAAAAGGGGCCUGCGAAGUUUUCGGGCUUUCAAAUGUUGACUAAACGCCAGAGUUUCGGUACCAAACAGGCGUCUUUGAAGGAUGAGUACCGUCGAAUGGGUGCUUCUAAACACUUCAAGGCUUUCAUCUACGCUAAAAAGUCCCUCGCAACGUUCAGUCGCGAGCUUGGUCUGCUCAUCGAAUUCCUAAGCCUUAACAAAACAGCGUUCUCCAAGAUUCUCAAAAAGUUUGACAAACGCACGGGAUCUUCGAUUCGAGACGUGAAGCUGACUGAGCUUUGUAAGGCCCUCCCGUUUCUGGACGGGGAUGUUUUCCGUGAACUUAAAGCCGAAGUCGAGAGUCUUAUUGACGAAGUGAACGCUCUGAAGCCUGACUUGCCGGAAGGCUGGGAAGAUCGAAAGGUCUACACUAUUGGUUGCUUUGACCUCUUCCAUCGUGGACAUCAAAAUGUACUCUUGUCACUGCGAGAGUUUGGCUAUUACAUAGUUGCAGGUAUCCACGAUGACGAGUCCUAUUUCAAACUGAAGAAUAAGUACACGAUUGACAAUCUCGAGACUCGCAUGGCAAACGCCAAGCCUUUCGUUGACCAGAUCUAUGUGAUUCCGUCUACUGAUCCGCUUCUAUACAUCAAGAGUAUGGUCAGUCAGCAGGAUAUUGACAUGGGUACUUGUUGCUAUGCCAGAGGCGACGACAUGUUGAACUUUCCUGGUCGCGAGUGGGUAGAAUCGGUGAUGCCUGUUCAUUUUGUGCCGCGUACGGAAGCCUGCAGCUCUACGCUGAUCCGCACUAUCUACCACAGUGAAGAUGAAGAGCUCCGUACGAAGGCUGCAUUUGCCAAGACGCGCUACGAUGGAAAGCCAAUUGAUGAAGAGGGAAAUGUUCUGAAAUUCACUAAAGCAGCGGCAUGAUUGUAAGAGAAGUGGAAUGAAUUUUACUGUACAAUACUUCAAUGGCCAAUUUAUGUAGUAGUAACAUUAAUACUUCCUUCACAC